UCAGGGUCGGUGCACUGCAAUCCUUCAACUGGCGCAUCUUAUUGGGGCUGCACAAAUUCGUUUCAUUAUAAAGAUAAGUUAAUGACAAUCGUCACAGAUGACAGCAAUAACGCCAUUCUGCCUCCCGUUGAGGACAUCGAAGGAUUAAAGCCCGGUAAUUCUCACCAAUGUGGUAUCAAAAAACACUUUUACAGUCUUGAUGGCGCCAGCCUUAAUUCACCACAGCUCACUUUUCGCAACCUUUCAAAUCCAUUCUCUGUGUCACGCGGUCAAGAGAUGCGGAUAUGGUAUGGACAGGAUUGGAAAGACUGCUCGGAAAAUGACGGUAACAAGGGCAAAACCUGUGUUGAUGUGUACGCAUGGUAUGUUUAA